CUUGCCAAUAAUCCUAUCAACGCACACCACCGCCGUCUUCGUAGCAUAUACGCUCGAGCAUCCUCACCAUACGCCCACGACCGAGGCUACUCUACCAUCUGGCACAAUCUCGUGCCACUUGAUCGACCUAGUAUUACCACCAGCGUCGGCCACCACCACCCCUGACACGAAGUGGAGCCGUACCCCAGUUCGCCCGGAUCGACUCACUCUGCAUACAGUCUUGUUCCUUCAUGUCUUGACCAAGACCUAGCCUACUCACCUUUGAGCUGAGCUGGCAACAGUCUACCAGGCAACAUGGGCUCUGAUCCAUCCGAUGAUCAUCCUCAGCCUCAGACCACUGCCAGUACUGUCCUCGAGACAGGACCAUCCUUAGCUCCACCGGCUGCUUCACUUUCUUCAGCUACCCACAUGUUCCAUACAUCGUCCAGUGGGCCUUCCAGUCCCGCACGCCAUCAUGACACAAGCUCACCCCCAUCGCCUCGACUCGGACCUUAUCUGCCCCCACAAGGCAGCUCAGCCAUCUCUUCGCUAGCGGCCUCCGCCAGCGGUGAUAGCAACAGGGGGCUUUCCGCCCCUGAUGCUACGAUCUCGUCUAUCUCACACAAUGCACAACUUUCAGCGACUCAAGGUGCAGAGCCCAAUGAGGCGAAUUUCGAAGCUCAGACGCUCAUGCAGAUGCUUAGCAUGGUAGGCAGUCGUCUAAUGGAAGCGGAUCAGCUUGGCCUCACCGACGCGCAGUGCAAUGAGGACGACUCUGCUUCCCAAGAUGAAUACGAAGACGAAGGGAGGCAAAAGGAAGAGCAGGAAGGACUAAGAACGGAGCGGAGCCGUGCAGAAGAGCCUUCAACCGGCACUCCGGCUCACACCGAGCCGCUCGUAUCGCGCUCGUCACAGAGGCGGCGCGGCAUUAUGUCUGCUCUACUCGACCCAGAUGCCACACCGACAGGAGGUAGCACACCUCUGGGAGGGUCUUUACUCAUCGGGCCAAGGAGUGGUCGGACAUUACCAGCGAAUCCUCAACGGCUCCAGCCGCAACAAGCGCUGAGCCCCCCACGUCCUUCCGAGGCGGAUGGUGAUGCCGACGAGUCUUCUUCUGAGGAGGGAAAUGCUUCCCUCGAAGGUGAAGCAUUGGGCGUGGUCAACACCGACGCCAUGGCUUCUUCUCUGCAUUCCCUUUCGGAGCCGUCUCAGGAGCCGAUGCCUUCUAGCUCUUCAUCGUCCGCCCUACCAGAUCUUCGACGGCAGCAACUGACUGAGAAGCUACAAGAAGUUUUCUCCCUGCCGCCGACGGAGCAAGUACAUUCUUGCUGCACAUGUUGGCUGUAUCGAUCCGUUCUCUUACAGGGCCAUCUGUAUCUCACGACUGGCCACGCCCUCUUCUACGCCUAUCUACCGUCGCGUGAGGACAGCAUCGUCAAAGCAGGACCGCUGAGGAAGCGUACGCAGAAGACAUACCGUUUCAGUCGGCAUUGGGCUGUGCUGCGAGGGCGAGCUCUAAGCUGGUAUGACAGUGCAAAAGACCCGUACUUCCCACAAGAUCAUAUAGACCUGCGCAGCGUAAUCGCCGUCAAAUCAGCACCGAAGCAGCCAUGCCAGUUCCGGAUACACACGCCAAAUAGACUCUUCAUCUUCGAGGUGGAGACUGAGACCAGUCGAGACGGUUGGGUACAAGCGCUACAGAAGGCAGUGUUCCGUGCUCAGAAUGAAGGCGAUAGCGUUAGGAUUAGCAUACCUCUCGAAGCGAUCGUGGACGUUGAAAAUACCAACAGUACUAGCUCGGAGGAUGCCGACAUGGUCUGCCUGCAGGUAGUCGACACUGCUAGUGCGAACUUCGCGCUGGACGAGUACUACUUUCUGAACUUUGAUCGGCAGGCAGACUUUGUGCGAUUGCUGAAGUCCCUCAUCGAAGAGCACUCGCAGGGUACAAUAGCAAGACCGAGCCAUCCACCUCUCUCCAUCCGUGACUCCACGAGUGGGGUGCAAAAACUUGUCGGAGAAGCCAUGUCGCCUCUUGCAGGCGAUGACAUACCGAGCUUGCCUAGCGUCGAUCCCCGCAAAGAGUCAGGGAUUUCAUUGCUCAGCCGAGAGCUUCAAGAAAACAUCGCCGAUACCAAAGACGCUUCCCUUGCCACCGUCCCUGGGGCUCAAGCGAUCACCAUCCCGACUCAGGCUCACACGGACAUAGCGAGCACCGAAGAUCCUCUCCUAUCAGCGACGCCCCGAGCGUCUGACACCGCUCUGAGUUCCACAUUCAAGGCCUCGGACUCAGGUCGCUGGGGCUAUCCACCAUCGCCGCCCUCGCGCAUUCCACCCCCUGGGCUCGAGAGCUCUCAGCGGGGAGCCGGUCAGGCGUGGCCUGUGCCCAGAUGGGUGAAAGACGCACCAGGCCGGUUGAUGCCGGGAGGAAGCGCGAGGAGCCGGCUCACGUCGCUUCUGAACGCGAAGCGAGGCCCUCUUCGUCCUGUCAAGGAGGUGUGGAGCAGUCGACCCGUAGCUGCACCUUCACCGCAACAGGAAGAGCAAGACGACCUAGAUGUGACGCAGAAUGUCUCAGUCUCGCAGUCCUCUAGCUUCUCGAUGCUGGACACACCUCAGCUUGCCGAGACCGAAGAGGAAAAGCGUCAGCUCAUGAUGUCACACUUUGCCACAACCUUCUCUCUGCCUCGCGAAGAUGAGCUCAUUUCCGAUCUGGAGGCCUGUCUAUAUCGGGUUCUCCCUGUGACCGGCCGACUCUUCAUCAGCUCGAAGCACUUAUGCUUCCGCUCAUCCAACCUUGCGACGAAGACGAUCGGAAAGACCAAGAUGAUUCUGCCCUUCCAGGAGAUAGUGUCUUGUGCGGUCCAUCCUGCUUUUCGCUACGGCUGGCAUGGCCUGGUCACGAUGGUCCGCGGACACGAAGAGAUCUUCUUCGAGUUUGGCUCCAAGGAGAAGAGAGACCAAUGCCUCCGUCAAAUUGAAGCUCGUAUCGAAGCACGACAUGACGUCAAGAUUAGCCGCACUGCAUCCAACGAUGCCUCCCAGCAGGAGCGGCAAGACGCUCUCGUCCUGACCGAUCUUACUGCUAAGGCCAAUGAGCUCAGUCUGGGAGAGUCUAUUUCUUCCCUUGCUUCGUCUUCCUCCGGAUCGGACUUUCAGCAAGAUGGUUCUCUCCUCUCCUUCAAGCCGAAGCAGUCUAUGCACUUUACCAUCCUUACCAUCGGGUCAAGAGGGGACGUGCAGCCUUUUCUGGCUUUGUCAAAGGGUCUGAUCGCCGAAGGACAUCGAGUCAGGAUGGCUACUCAUGCCGAGUUUGGACCAUGGAUUCAGCAGCACGGCGUAGACUUUGUGGAGAUUGGCGGCGAUCCGGCGGAGCUAAUGAAGAUUUGUGUCGAAAAUGGUACUUUCACGGUAUCCUUCCUACGUGAAGGAGUGACUAAAUUCCGUGGCUGGCUUGACGAGCUCUUGGUCUCUUGUUGGCACGCUUGUCAGGGUACAGACGUUAUCAUCGAGUCGCCCAACGCCAUUGCUGGAAUCCACAUCUCCGAAGCUCUGCAAGUGCCCUACUUCAGAGCCUUCACAAUGCCCUGGUCUCGCACCCGAGCUUAUCCGCAAGCUUUUGCUGUCCCAAACAAGAAGGCAGGAGGGAACUACAAUUACAUGACAUACGUCAUCUUUGAUCAAGUCCUUUGGACUGCCUCUGCCGGUCAGAUCAACAGGUGGAGAACGAGCUGCUUAGAACUUCUGCCAACCAAUCUGGACAAGCUGGAACAGCACAAGACACCUUUCCUGUAUAACUUCAGCCCGAGUUUGGUACCCAAGCCGCUUGAUUGGUACGACUGGAUCCACGUCACUGGCUUUUGGUUCCUCGACAACCCAGAGAGCUCCAGUAGUAAGACCUGGUCCCCUCCCGAGGAGCUACUGGCCUUCAUAGCUCGAGCCAGGAAGUCAGGCAAGAAGCUGGUAUACAUCGGCUGGGGUUCCAUCACCGUGCCCAACGCCGCGGCUACCACUCGCUGCGUGACUGAAGCCGUGAGAAGAAGCAAUGUCUGCGCCAUCUUAUCGAAGGGAUGGUCUGAUCGGCUGACUAAGAAGGCUGGAGCUGCACAAGCUGCUACAAGUGCCUCUCCUUACCUCACCAACGAUGUCUUCCAGGUAAAUUCCGUCCCCCACGACUGGCUCUUCCCACAGAUGGACGCAGCCUGCCACCACGGUGGAGCCGGUACCCUGGGAGCUUCUCUUCGUGCAGGUAUCCCAACCAUCGUCAAGCCCUUCUUCGGUGACCAAUUCUUCUGGGGCCAGCAAGUGGAGUCGCUCGGCGUUGGUAGCUGUGUAAGAGAUCUUACCAUCGAAGCACUUUCGAAUGCUCUCGUGCAGGCGACACAGAGUACUCGUCAGAUCGAAAGGGCUAGGGAGCUGGGUAGACAAAUCCGCGCAGAGAACGGCGUGGCCGAAGCUAUACGAGCCAUCUAUGCGGAUCUAGACUAUGCUCGUAGCCUCAUCAAGAAGAAUACAAGGUCUACGCGUACCGUGGUCGAGGGAGGAGCAUCAAGACAGGAUCGUCGCGGUCGCUCCCUCUCGACCACAGCUGAUUCGUCGGCGUCAGGCCUGUCCAGUCCGUCAGGAGCACGAUCCUUUAGCCCUUCAGGCGCCGCGAUCUCGCAGAGGGGCCGAACGUCCGUGGAUACGACUCAAGGGCCCAACCGAUCCAGAGCCAAUAGCGGACAUACUACUUCCGACGAAUGGUCAGUCGUCUCCGGCUCGGAGGAAGACGAGGAGAGGAGAGCCGCCCUGGCAGACUAGGAUCUGCAAGAGGUUGUGUCCACGGGAGCGAAGCGCAUCUUAGACACCUGUGCGCUCGCCUGGCGUUCUUUCUUCCUUGACUUUCCAUCUUCAUCUCUCUUUCUGAGAUGCCCUUACUCUCCUCCACCACCACCACCACCUCUCCCCUUUUCUUCACAAGUAGCUGACGAGCCCAGUCUCUGAGCUAAGUGUCCUGUCCUCUCCUUCUACCUCUACCUCUGCCUCGUCUCGUCACCUCUUUCUUUCCUCCUUUUUGUCCUUGCUCGACCUGCGUCUUCCUCCCUCUGUAUGAAUAUACUAUGUGUCAAUAUUCGUUUGAUGCCUACAAUGUCAGCCAAGAUCGACGGCUCGUGACGCAAGUGCUAGCUGCAGGUCUGAGCAGCGUGGAGGAGAAUGGAUCAGGACAGCAC